AGACGAUCACACAGAUGGAGAAUGGAUUUAAGGUGUGCUGCGUCGCUCCGCGACCCUCUGAUCCCGACGUCUUUGUGUGCGGAGGCUUCAGUCCAGAGGUCAGAGCCUGGGACGCUCGCUGCUGUAAGAUGCUGCGGGUCUAUAAGGCGGCGGUUCAGCAGACGCUGGCUGUCUUGUUCCUGAGCGGCGGGAGAGAGUUCGUCAGCAGCACCGACGCCGUCAGUCGAGACUCCUCCGACCGGACGCUCAUCGCCUGGGACUUUGAGACGACCGCCAAACUCUCCAACCAGAUCUUCCACGAGCGCUACACCUGUCCGUGUCUGGCGUCUCACCCGCUGGAGAGCAGCUUCGUGGCUCAGACCAACGGUGACUACAUCGCCCUGUUCUCCGCGCAGCGGCCCUACAGGAUCAACAAGAGACGCCGCUAUGAAGGACACAAGGUGGAGGGUUUUGCAGUGCAUUGUGGGUUCUCUGCGGACGGAAGCGUUCUGGUCUCUGGCAGUUCUACGGGUUCUGUGCACUUCUAUGACUUCCAGAGCUCACGCAGCCUGAGCACGCUUCACGCUCACCAACACGCCUGCGUCUGCGCCGCGCUGCAUCCCAUCAUUCCCGCCGUCACGGCCACGUGUGAUUGGACGGGAGAGAUCAAGGUCUGGAGCUGAUCAGCUGAUCGCUCAGUGUUUGAUAACGAUGGACACCAAACUCUGAUUCAGUUUGAAGCUUGUCCUCAGUGAGGCUUAUGGGUAAUCAAAUCAAAUCAAUAUAUGAUGUUAAACUGUAAAAUCCACUGAAUGUUACAUGGUUUCUUGUUUGUUUACUUUUAUACUUGUUUUUUUGUGUGUCCUUAAUAAAACGGAUAAGAUGUGUAACGUCAUUAUA